AUGAAAGGUUUAAUUUUGGUUGGUGGUUACGGUACCAGAUUGAGACCUUUGACUUUGACUGUUCCAAAGCCAUUGGUGGAAUUCGGUAACAGACCAAUGAUCUUGCAUCAAAUCGAGGCUUUGGCUGCUGCUGGUGUCACCGAUAUCGUGCUAGCUGUCAACUACAGACCGGAAGUUAUGGUUGAGACUUUGAAGAAGUACGAAGAAGAAUACGGUGUUUCUAUCACCUUCUCUGUCGAAACCGAGCCAUUGGGUACUGCUGGUCCAUUGAAGUUGGCUGAAGACGUCUUGAAGAAGGACAACUCUCCAUUCUUCGUCUUGAACUCUGACGUUAUCUGCGAUUACCCAUUCAAGGAAUUGGCCGACUUCCACAAGGCCCACGGUGGUAAGGGUACCAUCGUCGCUACCAAGGUCGACGAACCAUCCAAAUACGGUGUCAUUGUCCACGACAUUGCUACUCCAAACUUGAUUGACAGAUUUGUCGAAAAGCCUGUUGAAUUUGUCGGUAACAGAAUCAACGCCGGUUUGUACAUUUUGAACCCAGAAGUCAUCGACUUGAUCGAAUUGAAGCCAACCUCCAUCGAAAAGGAAACUUUCCCAAUUCUAGUCGAAGAAAAAUCCCUAUACUCCUUUGACCUAGAAGGCUACUGGAUGGAUGUCGGUCAACCAAAGGACUUCUUGUCCGGUACCGUUCUAUACUUGAACUCCCUCUCAAAGAGAAACCCAGCCAAGUUGGCCAAGGGUGAAAACAUCGUCGGUAACGUCUUGGUCGACCCAUCUGCCAAGAUCUCCUCUACCGCAAAGGUCGGUCCAGACGUUGUUAUCGGUCCAAACGUCGUCAUUGGUGACGGUGUCAGAAUCACAAGAUCCGUUGUCCUAUCUAACUCCAACAUCAAGGACCACGCUUUGGUCAAGUCUACUAUCAUCGGUUGGAACUCUACCGUCGGUAAGUGGGCCCGUUUGGAAGGUGUCACCGUUCUAGGUGACGACGUCGAAGUCAAGGACGAAAUCUACAUCAACGGUGGUAAGGUCUUGCCUCACAAGUCCAUCUCCGCUAACGUUCCAAAGGAAGCCAUUAUUAUGUGA